AUGCCCUUUCGCACCCUGCCCUAUUGGUGGCAGUAUUGGAUUUUUGAUCCUAUGAAGCUGAAAUCAUUUAACUAUAGAAGUAGGGGACUGGAAAUGAGUUUGUUGUUUGAUCAGUUGCCGUUCUAACAAAUUUAACCUCAUCUAUACAAUAGUAUUUUCAAGUCAAAGCACUCAGAUUUUUCAGAAGUUGUUUGAACCCUCAAGAUCCAGAAUGAGACGGCGAACACAAAGGCCUGCGCGAGGGUACCAUUAGCGCAGGAGAAGGUGGCAGACUGGAGGUAAACAAUCAUUACAAUCAAUGCUUGCACCUUUAAGUGGCAACGUUACUUUUUCGAUUUGGCUAUUUUAUAUACACUGCUCAAAACAAUUAAGGGAACACUUAAACAACACAAUGUAACUCCAAGUCAAUCACACUUCUGUGAAAUCAAACUGUCCACUUAGGAGCAACACUGAUUGACAAUAAAUGUCACAUGCUGUUGUGCAAAUGGAAUAGACAACAGGUGGUAAUUAUAGGCAAUUAGCAAGACACCCCCAAUAAAGGACUGGUUUUGCAGGUGGUGACCACAGACCACUUCUCAGUUCCUAUGCUUCCUGGCUGAUGUUUUGGUCACUUUUGAAUGCUGGCGGUGCUUUCACUCUAGUGGUAGCAUGAGAUGGAGUCUACAACCCACACAAGUGGCUCAGGUAGUGCAGCUCAUCCAGGAUGGCACAUCAAUGCGAGCUGUGGCAAGAAGGUUUGCUGUGUCUGUCAGCGUAGUGUCCAGAGCAUGGAGGCGCUACCAGGAGACAGGCCAGUACAUCAGGAGACGUGGAGGAGGCCGUAGGAGGGCAACAACCCAUCAGCAGGACUGCUACCUCCGCCUUUGUGCAAGGAGGAGCAGGAGGAGCACUGCCAGAGCCCUGCAAAAUGACCUCCAGCAGGCCACAAAUGUGCAUGUGUCUGCUCAAACGGUCAGAAACAGACUCCAUGAGGGCCCGACGUCCACAGGUGGGGGUUGUGCUUACAGCCCAACACCGUGCAGGACGUUUGGCAUUUGCCAGAGAACACCAAGAUUGGCAAAUUCGCCACUGGCGCCCUGUGCUCUUCACAGAUGAAAGCAGGUUCACACUGAGCACGUGACAGACGUGACAGAAUCUGGAGACGCCGUGGAGAACGUUCUGCUGCCUGCAACAUCCUCCAGCAUGACCGGUUUGGCGGUGAGUCAGUCAUGGUGUGGGGUGGCAUUUCGUUGGGGGGCCGCACAGCCCUCCAUGUGCUCGCCAGAGGUAGCCUGACUGCCAUUAGGUACCGAGAUGAGAUCCUCAGACCCCUUGUGAGACCAUAUGCUUGUGCGGUUGGCCCUGGGCUCCUCCUAAUGCAAGACAAUUCUAGACCUCAUGUAGCUGGAGUGUGUCAGCAGCUCCUGCAAGAGGAAGGCAUUGAUGCUAUGGACUGGCUCGUCCAUUCCCCAGACCUGAAUCCAAUUGAGCACAUCUGGGACAUCAUGUCUCGCUCCAUCCACCAACACCACGUUGCACCACAGACUGUCCAGGAGUUGGCGGAUGCUUUAGUCCAGGUCUGGGAGGAGAUCCCUAAGGAGACCAUCCGCCACCUCAUCAGGAGCAUGCCCAGGCGUUGUAGGGAGGUCAUACAGGCACGUGGAGGCCACACACACUACUGAGCAUCAUUUUGACUUGUUUUAAGGACAUUACAUCAAAGUUGGAUCAGCCUGUAGUGUGGUUUUCCACUUUAAUUUUGAGGGUGACUCCAAAUCCAGACCUCCAUGGGUUGAUACAUUUGAUUUCCAUUGAUAAUUUUUGUGUGAUUGUGUUGUCAGCACAUUCAACUAUGUAAAGAAAAAAGUAUUUAAUAAGAUUAUUUCAUUCAUUCAGAUCUAGGAUGUGUUGUUUAAGUGUUCCCUUUAUUUUUUUGAGCAGUGUAUAAUGGCACUUCAGAAACCUUUUUCCAGGCAUACACCCAGGCCACUGGCAACCCUCAGUUCACAAACAUGGAUGUACAAGUGCAGGACCCAGACCCAUCCCUGAACAGGACAUAAACUGUGUGGCCCAGACUUGUCGAUCCCAGCAUAAACCAGGACUCAAAACCUGUUGGACUAAACCAGUUGAGUAUAAACAAGUGUAUAAAAGAGGCAACGCUAUAAGAUUAAUUAGAGAUAUAUUGAGACAGCUUAAAGACACUCCUCAGGUGGCUGCCAAGGAGCCCCCCUCUGAGUCAGGUACCAAGAAAGAGCCAGAAGAAGAAGCAGUCAUAGAAGGGGAGAAACUGCAUUCUGUGGUCCCUCCGGUGGCUACAAAGGAUUCUGAGGCACCCUCUAGAACAGGACCCCAAAAUAGAAAAUGGAGAAAAGGGAAAACACUGGAAGAAAAAGGAUAUACAACCCAGGUUUAUCCAUCAGGGUAAACAGAACCUAUAUGACAAGGCGGAAACUGCCCUGUCAUACAGAGCCAGAAGCAGAGGACAAAUCAUUGACAGAAUGGCAGAGACUGUUUGCAGACUCUGUGGCGAAAGUGGCUGCAACUGA